UCCAAUAUCUCGCACCAAAAUUUGAGAAGCUAGUGAUCAAUCUUCAGCCCUGUGCUGAGUGUGUUUCUUCGUUCCUCCACCUUCUUCCAUUGGAGGACAUUCUCCUCCAGGAAUAGAAUAACACUUUUUCUCUUCUCCAAAUUCUUAAGUUAACUCUUCCUUCAUUAUCACCUUCUCCUGACGGUAACUUUGUUGUGAAGUGUUCGAAAAUGACUGUCACUCCUAAGAUCUCCGUCAACGAUAAGAAAUUGGUUGUUCAUGGCAAGACCAUAUUAACCGGAGUACCGGACAACAUUGUGCUGACUCCAGGAUCUGGAAGUGGCCUAGUGACUGGUGCUUUUGUUGGUGCUACUGCUUCUCACAGCAAAAGUCUCCAUGUCUUUCCGAUGGGUGUCUUGGAGGAGCUCCGGUUCAUGUGUUGCUUCCGGUUCAAGUUAUGGUGGAUGACUCAGAGAAUGGGAACAUGUGGGAGGGAUGUUCCACUGGAGACACAGUUCAUGCUGAUUGAGAGCAAAGAGAGUGAAGUGGAUGGAGAGAAUUCUCCAAUCAUCUACACUGUCUUUCUUCCUCUUCUCGAAGGUCCAUUCCGAGCUGUUCUUCAAGGCAAUGACAAGAACGAGAUAGAGAUUUGCCUCGAGAGUGGGGAUAACGCUGUUGAGACUGAUCAAGGCCUUCACCUAGUUUACAUGCAUGCUGGGACCAACCCCUUUGAAGUCAUCAAUCAAGCAGUGAAGGCUGUGGAAAAACACAUGCAAACUUUUCUUCACCGUGAGAAGAAAAAGUUGCCGUCUUUUCUUGACUGGUUUGGUUGGUGCACAUGGGAUGCUUUCUAUACUGAUGUCACAGCUGAGGGUGUUGAGGAAGGCCUGAAAAGUCUAUCUGCGGGAGCUACACCACCACGGUUCCUAAUCAUAGAUGAUGGCUGGCAAGAGAUUGAAAGUAAACAAAAUGAGGUUGACUGUGUUGUACAAGAAGGGGCACAGUUUGCUACUAGGCUGACUGGUAUUAGAGAGAAUACUAAAUUUCACAAGAAAACACACAACAAUGAGCAGACAUCAGGUCUGAAGCAUUUAGUAGAAGGAGUAAAGCAGCAUCACAACGUGAAAAAUGUUUAUGUAUGGCAUGCACUAGCUGGUUAUUGGGGUGGAGUGAAACCAGCAGCAACUGGCAUGGAGCAUUAUGACACUGCCUUGGCAUAUCCAGUGCAGUCACCAGGUGUGCUUGGAAACCAACCAGACAUUGUCAUGGACAGCUUGGCCGUACAUGGCCUAGGCCUAGUGCACCCAAAGAAGGUUUUCAACUUCUACAAUGAGCUUCAUGCUUACUUGGCUUCUUGUGGAGUGGAUGGAGUGAAGGUUGAUGUGCAGAACAUUAUUGAGACCCUUGGUGCUGGACAUGGUGGAAGAGUCUCUCUUACACGAAGCUAUCAUCACGCCCUUGAGGCUUCCAUUAGUCGUAACUUCACUGAGAAUGGAUGCAUUGCUUGCAUGUGUCACAACACUGACGGCCUUUACAGUUCCAAGCAGACUGCUGUUGUGAGAGCCUCUGAUGAUUUCUACCCUCGUGAUCCUGCUUCCCACACCAUCCAUAUUUCUUCUGUUGCAUACAACUCACUUUUCCUUGGAGAAUUCAUGCAACCAGAUUGGGACAUGUUUCAUAGUUUACAUCCUGCAGCAGAAUAUCAUGCUGCAGCUCGUGCAAUUGGUGGAUGUCCAAUUUAUGUGAGUGACAAGCCAGGCAACCACAAUUUUGAUCUUCUUAAGAAGCUGGUUCUUCCUGAUGGUUCGGUUCUCCGAGCACAAUUACCAGGGAGGCCAACUCGUGAUUCUCUGUUUGUUGAUCCAGCCAGAGAUGGGACUAGCUUGCUCAAAAUCUGGAACAUGAACAAAUGUUCUGGAGUUGUUGGUGUAUUUAACUGCCAAGGUGCUGGGUGGUGCAAGUUAGAGAAGAAAACUCGCAUCCAUGAUACAUCUCCCGGUACACUAACUGGCUCUGUCUGUGCCUCUGAUGUUGACCUUAUCACCCAAGUAGCAGGUCCUGAAUGGCUUGGAGAGACUAUUGUUUAUGCUUACAGAUCAGGUGAGGUGAUUCGGCUAUCAAAGGGGGUUUCUGUUCCGGUGACACUGAAAGUUCUUGAGUUUGAACUUUUCCAUUUCUGUCCAAUCCAUGAAAUAGCACCAGGUAUUUCAUUUGCAGCGAUAGGGCUACUUGAUAUGUUCAACACUGGAGGAGCUGUGGAGCUGGUUGAAAUUCACAGAGCCUCUAACAACAAACCAGAACUGUUUGAUGGUGAGGUGUUAUCAGAAUUAACCUGUUCUCUGAGUCCUAACCGAGCAGCAGCAGCAACUGUUUCUCUUAGAGUCAGGGGAAGAGGCAGGUUUGGAGUUUACUCCUCUCAACGCCCAGUGAAGUGUGUAGUAGAUGGCUCUGAAACAGACUUCAACUAUGAGUCAGAGAGUGGGUUGGCAACCUUCUCCAUCCCAGUUCCUCAAGAGGAGAUGUAUAGAUGGGCAAUAGAGAUCCAAGUUUGAGUCUUUUUUGAAGACCUGAUGUUUGAUGAAAUGCCGUGUCAGGAAAAGGGUGUUGCUGUAGUUAGCAUUGACUCAUUGAGGGAAUUGUUGGAGACAUGGGGGUGGUGAAAUACCAAAAAAUAAGUUGAUCAUAAGAACUGAGUUGUAGAGUAGCUAUGUUGUAGUAGGGAAGUGCUUUUGUUGUAAUUUAAUGCAUGUAGUUGAGAGUAGCAUUUCAUCAGUGGGAGAGAGGAACACAUAAUGAUUCCAUCAAGGAUGUCCCAUGUUUUUUUCCUCUGAAUAAAAAGUUCACAUCUGUUCGAGUUUUAUGUCA